CACUAGUCAUUCCCAGUUGCGCUGUGUAGAAUGACAUGUGGUGGACAGGCUGUAGAACAAGAUGUAAAUAUUUCAGCUUCGAACGAUUCAGUUUUAAUGAAUCGGAAUUGUGAUUAAAGUGUACAGAAUAUUGUACAGUUGUUCGUAAAGUAAACAACUUAUUACGAUAGAUGUUCAUAGUUAAAUACGAUUUGUAAUAAAUUCUGUAUACCUCGUACAAUGUUCUACGAUCGGAACGACAGAGAACGAAAAGUGAUUAUUCAAUCUUAAUUGUGAAACUGUUUAUUAAAUAGUGCAGUUCUUGUUAUUACAAUAUCAAGGAAUCAACUGUCAUGGGUACCUCUCAGACUUUAUAUAUUAAUCUUUUUACCGAAGAUAAGAUUCAUGUUUUAAAAGAAUUCCUACAUGCUUGCGCGGAUGAAAUAUGUGGUAGACCAGGCCCGACUUACAGUAAGUUUGUAAAUGGUAUGGAUUGGAGUAGAGAAGAAUACGAGGAGACGUAUAAAUUAAUAUCGAUGCUGUUGAGAAACCCUUCUUCUCUGCACUUGAUAGAAGAAAAGAUGCCACAAGAGUAUCACGAAUUACCAGAACAGAUUCAACAAAAUAUAUUAUCCUGUUUGAAGGUGAGAAGGGAACAGUUGGUAGACGCUCUGUCAGAGGAUUAUUCGAGAGAAAAACACGAUACCGUGACCGACUUCGAUUGGAGAUUAAAGCUCGUAAUGGGUUCUAGUAAGUUAGCUGCUCUGAGGGAACCCCUUCUUCAACUAGAUCUCACCGUUGAGAGCAAGGAAUCACGGCAGAUCCUAGGCUUGGAGUUAAAUAAAGACGAAUUGGACACAUUUAUGAAUGCAAUGGAAAGUAUAGUGCAGUAGUUUCAGGUAUUAAUUUUUUUCUAAAUUCGCAAUUGUAAAGGAAAUCUGAAAUAAAGAAGAUCCAUUUUUA